GGGUGAGGAUUUCGGGACUCCAAAUACACUGCCAAAGAUAAGGACUAGAAUAAAAACAAAUCCCUGGCUUCCUUCGCCAAAGACCACACCAAUCCCCACACCUACAGAUAUAUCAUCAUCCUUUCUGGACUGCAGAGAAGACGCCCCGAGUCUUUACUCCCUUCCUAUGUCUACGAGUAAGCGUCCAAAAAGCUCUACUAACAUUGCAUAUGCUUUACCCUCUUUUUCUGAUGUCAACCACAUGGACGAGGCCAGCCCUCUUACCCUGACUUGUUCACAGCCAAGCCUAAAUGCUGGAUUCAGAUCAAAAAUGAAACGGUCACAUCACCUAGAUUUACGAUUGCUAGACGACAAGCAAGUCAUUGACAAAAUGUUUAAAUCGCCAAAGUUGUUUAAUUAUGAAACGGACGUUUCCAAUUCGCCAUCACCCACCAGAAAGAUACCAUACAAACCAGAUAUGUGCAGUUUUAGCUUCGAUUUUUCAUAUGAAAACGCGGUAGAUGAUUUACUUGAAACCGCUACAAUUCCAAGAGAUGACACAUUUGAGUCACUUAGUGAUGAAGUUGGUUUAACUACUAAAUCGUCAAAAGAUGACUUUAAGGAUACGAGCAAACAUAAUCUUAACAAAUAUCAGAGAUAUAAUAAAACUGAAUCCAUAAACAUCAAACAAUUUGCUAGUGAAGAAAACAUAACUUGGUCACCAGAUUAUAAACUUGAUGUCACGUUUGAUGACACAGUAACAAACAACAUGCAAACGUCAAUCGACACAGGGUACGCAAGUGAAUGUAAAGAAAGUGACUCUGAGUGUAUGUCUACGCGUGACGAACUUGACACCACGAACGACCACACAAGUGACAUUGAUCUGGAAUGGGACAAUGAACCAACUACUCAGAUUCUGAUUCUGGAUUCCCCAGUUACAGCGAUUCCGGCGGCUCUUAUGCCGAUCAAUUUCUCUAAACCAUUUGAUGUUCAAACAGAACUGUUUGAUACAAUGUCAAAAUGUCUUUGCGGGCCAGAAUUCCAACAUUCCAAUAGAGCUGAUGUUAUUUUAAGAACAGCAACGACACGCACACGGGCUUCUAAGCAAGUUCGAAGGAGGUCAAAAUCUCUCGCUGAUCUGGAUUUAAGCCUUGAAGAAAAGGUAACCUUAUUGAAAGAAGAGAAAGUAUUUGUUCAAAAGAAAAUUCAGGAAUCAAUGAAUGAAGACCAUCGGAAGGGAGAUGAUGAUAGAUUUGAAAAUAAACUUAUUGUCAGACCGAAACAAGAAAAAGAAAACAAUGUACUGAAAACAUUGCGAGAUUUGAAGAUGCGACUAGAGAAUCAGAGUGUCAGGCUGCAGACGAGCUAUAGGACAAUCUUGUCGCUGAAAAACAAGUACAAAAAUAAUGAAAACAUUAACAAUGCUUAAAGAAAAUAUAGACAUUGUCAAGUAGUCUAUAAAAAUGAGUCAUGCAUCUGUUUAAUUCCCUAGGUUCAGUAGCGUCUAUAGCAUCAGUCAUGAACUGCUGUAAGAGCAUGUGUGUGAAAUGCAAAUCAUUGAAGAUAUUUGUUAAGUUACUUUAUAGAAAUGGAAAAACAAAUAUGUUCAUU